UUUAGGCAAAAUAAUCUGACCACUCAAAAAGAAGAAAAAGAUAAGAGAAGCUGAGAAAAUGGGUCCGCGUCUGGAAGGACCAAAUCUAUUCCUCCUUAUUCUGGGUUUGGUUCUGAACAGUUUAGUGCUGUUCUGUCAUGGUGGCAGAACAAGUAGUUAUGUUAGGAGGUUAGAGGCAACGGUUGAUAUGCCACUCGAUAGUGAUGUUUUUCGUUUUCCUCCUGGUUACAAUGCACCUCAACAGGUGCAUAUAACACAAGGGGAUGUAGAAGGGAAAGCAGUGAUAGUGUCUUGGGUGACACAAGAAGCACCAGGAUCUGACGCAGUUCUUUACUGGAAAGAGAACAGCUCCAAAAAGCUCAAGGCCUAUGGCAAAUCCAAGACGUACAAGUUCUACAACUAUACGUCUGGUCACAUCCAUCAUUGCACCAUCAGAAACUUGGAGUAUGACACCAAGUACUACUAUGUGGUAGGUGUGGGACAAACGGAGCGUGAGUUCUAUUUCUUCACUCCUCCUGAAGUCGGUCCUGAUGUGCCCUACACGUUUGGUCUUAUUGGGGACCUUGGGCAGAGUUUUGACUCAAACAUAACUUUAACACAUUAUGAGAAUAAUCCAACGAAAGGGCAAGCAGUUUUGUUUGUUGGAGAUUUCUCAUAUGCUGACCAAUACCCGAACCACGACAACAACAGAUGGGACAGUUGGGGAAGAUUUGCUGAAAGAAGCACAGCUUAUCAGCCCUGGAUUUGGACCGUUGGAAACCAUGAACUCGAUUUUGCCCCCGAGCUUGGAGAAACCAAACCAUUUAAGCCAUUCCUGAAUAGGUACCGUACUCCUUACCGAUCAUCAGGCAGCACAGAACCAUUCUGGUACUCAAUAAAGAGAGGACCGGCUUACAUAAUUGUGCUAGCUUCAUAUUCAGCAUAUGGUAAAUACACGCCACAGUUCAAAUGGCUAGAAAAGGAAUUCCCUAAAGUAAACAGAACAGAAACUCCGUGGUUGAUCGUUCUGAUGCAUUCACCGUGGUACAAUAGCUACGAUUACCAUUACAUGGAAGGUGAAACCAUGAGAGUGAUGUAUGAGCCGUGGUUCGUCAAGUACAAAGUAGAUGUUGUUUUUGCAGGUCACGUUCAUGCCUAUGAAAGAUCAGAACGUGUAUCAAACAUUGCAUACAACGUGGUUAAUGGAAUUUGCACUCCUGUUAAAGAUAAAUCUGCUCCAGUCUACAUCACCAUUGGUGACGGAGGCAAUCUUGAAGGAUUGGCAACCAGAAUGACAGAACCUCAGCCUAAGUACUCUGCCUUCAGAGAAGCGAGCUUCGGACACGCGGUGUUAUCGAUAAAGAACAGGACUCACGCGUACUAUGGUUGGCACAGGAACCAGGAUGGCUAUGCGGUGAAGGGUGACACCAUGUGGUUCUAUAAUAGAUUCUGGCAUCCCAUUGAUGACUCUCCUUCUGAGUGAUUCUUGAGAACCUUUGAAUACAUCACUUUUGAUGUUGCAUGUCCUUGUUUUUACAUAAAAAAUCAAUCAAACAAAGGUGUAGUAGGAUUAGAUUGUGUAAAGGAUUUGAUCACGAUCUAAAACUCGAAACAUAUGCAGAAACUAUUUAUCCGUUCUGGUUUGGAGAGUGUGACUCAAAUUCGAUUGUAAUCUUAUAAGAUUCUCUA